UGAUAAACAAGAUAUAUCAAAAGUACUUCAAAGGAAAGGAAGUUUAUGAUGAACCAUAUGGCAUUGUUUCCAUAACAUUUAAAUGGUUUGCUGUGAUAUAUCAGCAAAGUAAAAGUGAAACAAGAAGUUAUCAAUUAGAUAUUAUUAUUUAGAAUGUGAUAUUGAGAAUCUCGUAGCUAACAAGAACGACAAAAUACACCAGACCACAAGGCCAGGCAAAAUGAUAGCCAGAAUUGUUUUCUUACUUUUUAUCUUUCAUCUCUGCUCUUGCAACAUACACCGGGCUAUACCUGGAUCUCCAGGAUUUGCAAAUCUAGCAAAAUAUAAAAGUAGUGCUGAUGCGUACAAUUAUGAAGAAGAUGAAGAAGAAACUGUGGGAUAUAUAGAUUAUAUUAUUAUGAAGGCUAAUGUGACCUGGAUCUAUGCUAUAGCUGCUGCAAUCUUAGUUGGAUCUACUGGAAUACUUCCGUUAUUAAUCUUCAGGGUUGAUGCAGAACAUGAAUUAAAAGAAUCAAUAUCUCCAGCACAUUUGAAUAUUUUGCUGAGUUUUGCUGUUGGUGGUUUACUUGGUGAUGUUUUUCUUCAUUUACUUCCUGAAUCAUAUAUGUACUUAAAGAAUGGUGCACAUGACCAUACAGAAUCAUUAAAGAUAGGGCUUUGGACUAUAGGUGGUUUUCUUUGCUUUAUGACAAUUGAGAAAAUAUUUUUCGAAGAAGAAAAAUUGAAGGAAAGAAUUGAGAAACAGAAUUCAAAGAAAAAGAGUGAAGAACUGAAGAAUGGUUGGAAAAAUGGGCAUGCCAAUGGUAAAGUAAAUAGGCAUGUCAAUGGAACAUCGAAUGGGCACACUAAUGGAAAAUCAAACAUUCUUAUCGAUGGCCAAAAUGGUGUUACUAAGCAGCAAGAUGAGACAAUUAGAAAACGAGAAAAUUCACAAAACAUGAAACAAAACAAUGCUGCAGUUUCUGAACCAGGAGACGAAGACGACGAAUUUAUAACUGAAGAACACAUUAAGAUUAUUGGCUAUCUCAAUCUUUUUGCGAAUUGCAUCGAUAAUUUCACGCAUGGUUUAGCUGUGGCGGGUAGUUUUAUGGUCAGCAUUCCUGUGGGAUUGUGCACAACUUUCGCUAUCCUUUUACACGAAAUUCCACAUGAGAUAGGAGAUUUUGCUAUUCUUCUACGUGCUGGUUUUAAAAGAUGGGAAGCAGCUAAAGGACAGGUAAUAACAGCAUCCGGUGCAUUAUUUGGUUGUUUAUUUGGCUUGAUGGCGGAAAGCGCCGGCGAUUCGUCGGCUUGGGUGCUUCCUUUCACGUCCGGUGGUUUCGUUUACAUUUCUAUGGUCACCAUUGUUCCUGAUCUACUAAAAGAAGACAAUCUAACGGAAUCCAUAAAGCAGAUUGCUUCGUUAGUUAUUGGUGUUUCCACGAUGGGACUGGUCUCGCUCAUCCAACACUGAUACACAUACGUUUAUUUUAUACCGACGAUAAAAUGAAAAACUUUGUAAGCAUAGAGUAUUUUUUGUAUAUAGUAUUGAUUAAAUUAAUAACGAAGCACAUUUCUAUCAUAAGAAGUUACCAUGACAAGUUAUUCUGUUAAGUACACGUUGACUCCGUUUUUAAACUCAUAAAUUAUCAAUAAGGGUUGGCUUACAUUGAAUGACUUGUAUACUCAUUUCCCAGCAUACUUGCCUUCCUAUUCAGUUAACUCCACGUUUUUUAAAUGUUUGAUUUUACUUAUACUUUAAUACCACUCAAGCAUCAAGUAUAUUUUCAUAAAGGAAGAACGACAGUUUUUUUUAUAGUUCUGUUUACAUCUCGAGAUAUUGUUUUCUUUGUCAGCAGAUAGAUGGUAAGGAUAGUUUUGUUCUUGAAUUUGCGUUGACUUGAAGGAGAACUUUGCCUCGAGACGAUUCUGCUUGCUGUUGUUGUUUUUUCAUCAGACUUGGUAUGAAUUUUGAAUUGCGUGUUUUUUUUUAUAAAUAGAGAGUAAUAUUCUUAAAGAACAAAUUAUGACAAGUUAACCGAUGCAAAAAAUUACUUAUUCUUCUUAUAAACCAACGCAUAUAUUUUCAGAAAUAGUUUGACUUUUUUUGUGAUCAAGUGAAAUAAUACUUGUUUUUAUUUUUCUAUCUUGUGCUUUUUAAACAUCAAACGUGUAAGAGAGAUUAAAAAACGAAUAUAUUUUUCAAAAAAUUA